CAUCAUUUCCUUGUGCGUAAACGUAUUGGUAUAACACCGCGGCGUGUAUAAAAACUGACGGAGACGUCACCCGGACUCAUUGCCGUCUCGUCCAUUCUUCCGGGUAGACGCGAUUCGAGCAUCGUGAGCUCUUCUUCCUCUUCUGUAUCCCUCGCAAGUCUGUCGAGAAUAAGUAUAAUAAUAUAGAGAAGUAUAUUGAAAACUACUUGUUUACGGACGACAUAGUAACGAUUAGUAACAACAUGCAACGCCGGUCGCUCCUGCUGAUCGUUUCCAUUUUGGUCGCGGUCCGGGGGUCUUUGCUAGACCAUGUUCCUGGCCAAGUCGAGUACACCGACGAACGGCUGGAUGAUGAUGCCGAGGACGAUUCGAAGUGAGUAUAACAUCGUAUUCUACGAAAAUCGAACUGUAGGCCUUUAAAGACCUGUAGCAUUCCAAUAAUAAUGUUUUUCACCAUCUACUCCUAUCUUUCGAAACUUCUUUCCAUCGCAUUCUGGUUAUCGUUAUGUCUGCAUUCUUUGAUACUAUGUAAUCUCUUCAUAGUAGGCGUGAUAUCCUCAGCGAUCGAGUUUAUUUUUAUUUAGGGGAGACCACUUAAGGUGCGAUUACCCUUAAGGAUAACGCUUCUGCAUCAUAAAGUGGUAAUUUUUGUUGUUGUUUAAAAGAUGAAAAAUCUUACAGGGCGCGUUGUAGUUGGAUAUUUAAAAUUAUAUUUCUAAACAGAAUAUAGCAGACAUGUCAACCGUAAAGUAUCAACUGAGCCAAAAAUACUGAAUAGAUUAACUUGAAUAUACAUUUGUUAAACUACGAAGUAAAUUGAAAUCAAUAUUUUCUUUUUGAUUUGUUGCGAUGUCUAUGAUAUCUUAGGAUAUUUUUUUCUGCGAAAAAAAAAAUCGAAAUCGGAAGUAUACGAGGCAGGAGAGUUAAUCCUGAAUACUAUGUUUUGAGCAAAAAAAAAAAAAAUAAUAAUAAUAAGUUGUCCACAGGCAACACAAAGAUUAAAACCGAUUGCAAUUUUUCACAAGCAGAACCCUUAAAAACGAAUUUUCAUCGUUGUUAUCAAAGGAUAUUUGAAGGUUUUGGGGUGCAAAUAAAAAGUUCACGUAGUCACACUAUGCAUAAGCAAACACGUAAUAGUAACAAUAAAAUAUAUUCCUAUAGCCACGCUCAGAAUGCAAUAUUACUGCUGUGUAAAUAGUAUAUUAAAAUAUAGAAAUAGUACCAUAUCAUAAGCACAAUAAUAAAUUAUAAUAAAACAUUAAAAUUGUUAUUAGUGGUUAAUACUUUAAAUAUUUUAUAAUUGUGUAUAAUUAAUAAAUCAUACAGUUGAAUUCCUUGAUAAUUAUAAAAAUAUGUUAAUAUUUUCACCUAGAUAGUUAAAACAAACACAAAAUAUUAAAAUAAUUGCUUUAAAAUAUAGAUGCAUGGAUAAAAAAAACUGUCAUGUAAUAUUUAUAUUUUUAUUUUAUUUUACUAAACAAAAAUAUUCGUUUCUAAUGUUUCUAAAUACAUUGUAUAAUAUUUUUUUUUUUUGUAAAUCUUAUUUUCUCACCCGAUUCCAUCGAUCAUAAUAUUAUCAUGAUAAAUAUAAUAAAAUUUAUUUAUUUUUUUAUUUAAAGAAAUGGUUUGGGUGUUUGUAAAAUAUUUUAUUACAAAAACAUCGAUUGUGUUUGAAUGUUGUAUUUUGUUAAUAAUCUAGACGUUUGAUUUUUACAUAAGAGUUGCACCACACACGAACAUUUCGAAAUUAUACAAAUGAGUUUUACGCGAACACCUUCUAACGGAACUGUAUCGCCUGUAUCAUUCUAAAAGUUCGAAAAUUGUGUACGAUCAAGAAGACAAUUUUACCUUAAACGAAGUGUUUUUUAUUUUUAUGAUAAAAUGAUUAUGAAAAAAGUUAUUCAAUCUAAAUCUCCCAUGAUUUAGUGUAUUUUUUAAAUGCUUAGAAAAUAUAAUUGGGUGAAGUUUCGAAAAAAAAUUAAACGUUUGGUGACAAAUAAUGUUCUCAUCAAUAUAUAGUGAAAAUAUCAGGUUUUUAGAUUCCGAAUAUAUUGAAGAAGAUAUUAGUUUUUCUAUGUGUUGUUAUUUUUUUCGGAAAACACAUUCGGUUCAUAAGAAACAUUUUUCAAAUUUUCUCCAAUUUUAUACAAUUUGAAAAUAACUAUCAAUAUUUAAAUGAUCACCUUAAUGUUAAAAUUUUUCUAAUUUCUUACGAAUAAGUAUGACUUCAUGAGAACAGAUAUAAUUAAUUUAUUGCCAAUUUAAAAUCAGUAUACCACUUCUUUUUUAACUAUUGCAUAAUAUUUUAGAGGUCACACCGAUCUCCAAUAUUUAUUUAAAAUUUAAAAUAAAAGUAUAAAAAUGUAGCAAAAAAACUUAAAAUUAACUUUUUUUAAAGACCUUAUAUGGUUUAUGCGUAGAGCGCGGAUUUGUAUGCAUUUGCAUAUGUAUUCUGUAACGUAUGAUAAUAUGCUAAGUGAGCACAAAAUGAGUUUCAUGACAUAAUGAUUUAAAAAAUGAAACUUUUUUAGUGCAUAUUUUUGCAUAUUUUAUGUCAAAUAUGACCUUAGAUCAAUAAUCGGUGAAAUAAAAUACGUAUAACAAGAUAAGGAAAUAUCGAUUACGACCAUUAACCGUUGACAUUAUUUUUGUCGUGUUAAAAUAUUGACCGUGCAUUCGUGUGUGCUUUUCAUUGUAAUUCACGAUUUUAUUACUUUAUUUUUAUCAAAAUGCCAAAAGAUAAAUCGUCGCUAUCGAGUCUUAUACAUUAAAACUACCUACGAAAUGACGAAAGUGAAGAAGAAAACGAAGAAAAGUAUUUAUAGUAGGGUUCCAUAAUUUUAAAUUUACUGUUUUAAUUAAAUGUUCUAAAAAUAAUUUUUUUUGAUAACUUUUGUAUGUAUAUUUUUAUUUUUCAUACAUAUUUUAACAUUUUAGUGCAUAUAUUUAUGGAUUGUUAAGAUUUUUUAGCGCAUAAUUGGUUGGUUUUUAAUGCAUAUAAAUCCGUGUUCUAUUUAUGAGAGUGGAAAACGGAUUUCAACUAUAGGAAAUCUUCUUUUUUAAAACCAUAUAAUAAUCGUUAAAAUAGAACCAUUCUAAUAGGUAUGUGAGUUUUUACCAUAAGGCUUGUUUUUGGUUUUUUUUUAGCGUAGUGUAGGAUUUAUUGGGUUUACUACGUUUUAGAUUCUGAGCGGAGCGAGAAAUGUAUUGAUUUUAUAAUGAUGUUUAUUAUUUUUUUUUUUUACCAGCAAUUUUGCUCUGAUUUCAAUACAUAUUCUGAAAUUUAGAUCCAAUUGAAAAAUAACAAGUGGUCGAUAUUGUUCGAUUUAAUAUUUAGCCACUGACGUUUUAUCUUUGAGCAAAGAUAUAAAUUAAAUAAUUUUGUGUAUCCUAUAUUCUCAACAUCCCACCUACAACAGUGGCACACUCAGCAUCAGAUCUGUUUUUCAUUUGAUUUAAUUUAUUAUUUUUUCUAGAUUAUUUGUUAACGAUGAUCCUAAACACGAUGGAACCUCCAAUUAUCGUUUAAAGUAAGUUUUUGUAAACUAGUUUUAAUAAAAUGUGAAUUAAAUUUAAAAAAAUUAAACAAUUUGUAUAGGUUAUCAGGUUCUCACGGCACCAAAUCUUCAAAGUUGACCCAAAUAAAUGCCGCGCAAAGUCAGUAUACCUUAUAAUAAUAUCCAUUUAAAAUUAUAAUACAAAUUAUUUAAAAUAGUUAUAAAAAAAAAAAAAAAAUGUAUAUAUAUAUAAAUCCUAUAAUAUGUAAUAUUGACGAUUUUCGAUUUUAAUGAUUUUACGUCUAUUGGUUUUACUCCUUUAAAUUUCAGACAAUUCCGAGGCGUGUCUGUCGACGUUUGUAACGCCAGAAAAUUCUUACGCCGUAUGUUCGAAAAUAACCAAGUAAGACAAAUUUUAACGCAACUCAUAAUAUACUUACGUAUAAUGUCAUAUACCUACGUGUACAUUUUUUCGUAGGAAUUGUGUAGCGACGUGUAUAGAGGGUUACAAAUUUCCCAAAGGGCUCACGAAAAUGACAUUUGAAUGCUACGGUUCUAAAUAUAAAGUCAAAGGAUCGCUUUCUUUGUCUAUUCCGCAUUGUACCCGUACGUAUUAAUUAAUUAUUGAAUGUGGUUAAUUGUUGUUAAAUAGGUAUUUAAUAUUUUAAUUUUGUCCAGCCGUUUGUAAUCCGUUCUGUGAGAAUGGUGGUGUAUGUGAAAAACCAAACAAGUGCCACUGCCCGAAAAAUUACGGUGGGUCGUCUUGUCAAAAUUACAUCUUACCGUCGUAUUGCCACGGUUUCCCAAACACGCCGAUGAACUCGAAGAAAAAAUGUAAUUCGGAGUAAGCGAAAAUUAAUAUACAACUAUAAUCCAGGUUUGUGCCACUAACUUUUAAAUGUUAUAUUAUGUACUAGAGCAUGUACGAUCAGCUGUAUCGAUGGGUAUCAGUUUCCGGAUUCGUCAAACGUGGCGAAUGUGUUUUGUAAAAAUGGCGUCUGGACACCGGGAAAAGUCGAAUGGUCGACCAUUCCGGACUGUAAACCGAUAUGCAACCCGCCUUGUUUGAAUGGUGGAAACUGCAUCGGUAAUCAGAAAUGCCAAUGUCCGAUCGACUUUAGAGGGCCCAAAUGUCAAUAUCGUAAGUUAUUUUUUCAAGCCUUAUCAUAAAAUGUAAUCUGAGAUAAGAAAAGGUUCCGUUUAAAAUUUUUAUUGUAAAAAUUCGAUUAAAUCAAAACCAUUAUUAUAAUUACAAUAUUAUAUUUAAUUUAAGAACUUAUUUGAAAUGUACCCGAAAUUCAUUUUAUUAAAUAUAUCUUUGAAUUUUGAAAAAAAUCAGACACAACUUAUACAGUGUAUCUUAUCGUGUUCGACAGAUUUUUCUAGUAUUGUAAUUAAAUUUGUUAAGGUUUUUUUUUUAAAUCGGUUUGUCUUUGAGUGGAACAUCAAUUUAGAGAAAAAUUAAAUUUUUAUUUUCAUCCCUUAAAUACAAAAAAAAAAAAAAGUAAUUAUAUUUAUUUUUAAUUUUAUUUAUUCACUUUAGAAAAUUUUCAAAAUUGCCAUUUUGUAAAGAAUAUUAUUUUCAACAUUUUAAUGUGCAUUCAUAUUCGAUAUGAUUUCAUAUAAUUUCUUAACUAUAGCCCUUUUAGUUUCUAGAAAAUAAGCAUGAAAAAAAUUAAUAUUCAAUAAAAGGUAAAUAAUUAUUGUGCUAAAUUUACAUUUAGCACAGUAAUUCUUUACUUAUCGCAUGUUAUGCGUGUUAUGCGUGUUUAACACACUAAAACUAGUGAAAAUCAAUAUCUCAUCUGAUGUAAUUUAUUAAUUUAUAACUUAUUUAUUUAUUUAAUUUUUUUAUUAUUAAUCAAUCACAAAUAUUAAAUUAUAAAACAGUAAAAUAUUUUUAUUAUUUACACAAAAAAAUAUAUGUUAACUGGGUAGUUAGUUGUACCUAUUUAAAAUUAUGAAUUAAAUUUUAAUAUGACAUAUACAUAUAUGAUUGACAAAUAUAUAUGGUAUAUAUGAAAUAUACGGCAUCACUAUCAACUGAACCCCGCUCAGAAUCAUUUUUCCGUUAGCAAUGAUUUAUCGUUGCUUUCAGAUAAACAUUUAUUUUUAUGUAACUUUUAUUUUUUAAAACAUACAAUCUAUAAAUACAUUUUACAAUAAGCAUGUUUGAGGAUUUACAUAAUAUAUUAACAUGGUUGACAUGAUGAAGUAAUCACCCAGCGGUGACACUUACUGGCUAGAGAGUUAUUUCAGGUCACGGUUCCAAUUUCGUUUUAACCUUCUAGGUGAGUUACCGGGGAUGAAUUCAGAGUUUAGAGCAAUGAUUAGAGGGUUAGAGUGGUUUCUAAGGACAGGAACGGAAGAGCUUAUAGGAAUUAUUGGCUUCUUCUUGAAUAGUGAGUAUUUUUAAGUCUGAGUGUAAGGUAUGGUUUGAAACAUACGGAGGAGCAUAUGUAAUCAUACGUAGUGAGAUUGAUUGGAAUGUUUGAAUUUUAUAAAUAUUGGAUUAUUUUGCUGAUCCCCAUAGCUGGAUACCGUAUAAACAAAUUGGUUUGAGUAGGGUUUUAUACAGAAGUAGUUUUGUAUUAAGAUAAACAUUAAAUUACAUUUUGUAAUCUAUCUUCCAAACUUCCCACCUACAACAGUGACUGCAUCCAUGUGCAAAGUAUGCCCGUCUUUUUUUUAUGGAUUUUUCAAAUUUCUUAGCUAUUCAGUAUGCGUGUACACGAUAAAAGUUGCCUUUUUUGAAAAAUAGGAACACCCAUUUAAACAUUAGAUUUGGAUAAACUAUUUUUUUUUUCUUAAGUAACGUACAUAAACUUUUCCCUUAUUUCGAAGAUUGACCGAAUUACAGCUAGUCAAAUAUAGGUAUUUUUGAAUAAAUGUACAACAAAUUUAUGUAAAUUUGUAUAAAUAAAAAAAUACAAGUUUUAUUGCUCAUGCGCAUACCGAAAGGGUAAGAGUAUAGAAAAUCCGUAAAACUCUGUAUGGAUCAAUAUUUCUUAUUUUCUCUUAAAAUCCCCAAUUUCAAUUUAAAGUCAACGAUUAGAAAUAUUCCUUUUUACCACUUGUGUGAAAAACACUGUAUAGGGUACCUAAUUGUAUUUAAUUUAUAUUAGUACGAAACGAUAAAUUAUUGUUGACGAAAAGGGAGAUUCUUAGGAAAAUUCGGUCAAACAUGUUAUGAUAAAUUCAAAUUUUUAAUUAAAUAAAUUUUUAAAUGUAAAAUAAAUUACAAUUUAUCGUGUUUUUUCGAUUUAAUUGAGCAUUUUUGAGCCAAAUAAGUUACCUCCUAAAGAGAAAAUAAUAACCAAGUAUAAAAUGUCGACAUUUAUACUUUUUUAUUUUGUAAUGAUAGUGGAAAGCUCUUGUGAAGUAUCGAAAUUAAAAUUCAAUGGGAAUUACAAUUGUUCUAACGAUGCGGAGAAAGCUGUUUGUACGUUGUCUUGUCCUCAAGGAUCUAUGCUUGAACCGUUCAAAACAUCCAGUGUAGAAUACACUUGUCGGUACGAAACUGGCGAGUAUGAACCAAAACAAAUACCUCAGUGUGUAUUCGGUUAGUAAUGUAUAGAAAAUCACAAAAUACUAAUAUUCGAUUUUAUAGCUGAACAUUGUAUUACAAACGUUUUUUGUGUAUAGAUGAACAGCCGACCGUUUUAAAUGUGAUCAGCACAGUAGUUGAAGUAUUUAAAACGUUUAAAAGUCGUCCGGAAAGUUGUGUUCGUUGGGGUCACGGGAAUUUUAAGACAUUUGACGGAAAGUUAUACAGUUUCCAGAGUGACUGUACUUACACAUUGGUCAGUGACCUUAAAUCCAACUCGUUUCACGUACAAGCGCGAUUCAACCACGGAAUCGUCACUUAUAUUAACAUAUAUAUUGUCGAUAAUUUGUAUCAGAUUAAAAAAUCCGGUAAGAUAUUAAGUGAACUCUUAUCAAUAUGUAAGCUAGAAUAGUAUAAACAAUAAUUUAUGUACAACUGUAUAAUAUUUUAGUCGAUAACGUAUCGUUAAUGAGCAAUGGAAAAUCACUCGUUGUGCCAAACGAGCUGCCCGAUAUUGGCGUUGAAAUUAUCGGCAGUCAAACAGUAUUUAUUAAUUUGCGAACGGCCAAUUUGAAAAUAAUUUGGAAAUCAAACGUGAGUCAUUUUAAUAAUAUCAUUAUUUUAAUAAUACAAUAAUUAACCUAAACAUUUUGAUUUUAUCAGGGUGUCUUGCAAAUAGACGCGGGUGUCGAGUUAUGGAAUUUGACUGGCGGUCUAUGCGGGAGAAUGGACGGUGCGCCAGAAAACGAUUUUUCGCACAGUAGUGUCGCGAGUUUUGCCAAUAAGUGGCUCGUAAAUGGACUGAACGAAAUAUGUGAAUCUCCUACUACGGACAUAUUACACGUUUCCAAAGAUAUUAUUACCGAAGCUCAACGGUUUUGUUCCAUUAUAAAAACCGAUCGAUUUAAAACGUGCACUAAUAAAAAUUUUAAUACUGAAACUUAUAUUGAAGCGUGUAAAUUCGAUUAUACUCAGUGUAUAAAGAGAAACGGAUCCGAUUGUGGAUGUGGCAGUAUCGCAGUCUAUGCCGAAGAAUGUUUCGGAAAAAAUCAGACACCUUCGUGGAGAGACGACAACGUCUGUCGUAAGUUAUACUAUUUUAAGGAUUUAUUUAUUAAUUAAAUAAAACUAGCCAACGAAACAGAUAUUGAAUUUUUCAAUUUUAAUUCCAUUGAGCUAUUUAAAAAUUAUACUAAUAAUAUUGAUUUAUAAUUUAUUUUAUGUUGAUUGUUAUAUACUUAGUUUUUAAGAAUUACUUUUGUAUCAGGGGCGUAUACAAGGGGGGAGGAUAUAGGGACGAUCGUCCUUUCUGGACAUUAUUGAAUUUGUUUCAGGUAUUUACUUAUUUUAUUAUUAUUAAUCAAAAAUUAAAAAAAAAAAGUUUAUUUAUUUUUGUGCGGAAAUGGUUAACAAAAACUUGUUAAGAGAUUGAUGAGAGUAGAGAUAUUAUAGCUAUCAUCAACACGCAUACCUACUGUUGGUAAUAAUAACCAUAUUGUGAUUGUCUGUACCCUGUAACCACGGUCCGUGUUAUUAAUUUAUUCUGUUUUCGGUAAACGAUACCAUAGAGCCGUGAUAAUUACAUUAUAACAAAAAUUGAUAAGCUUUAAUGGAAAGACGGCCAUUGUAGUACUCGUACGGCACUGCAGGUCUGCAGUAGUUUUCGGCGUUUGUACUGGCAGUUUUCAUUAUUACUGUAUACUGAAAUUCGUAAUACACUUAUAUACGAAAUAAUGGCUAUAUGUAAUGGCUAAUAAUGGUAUUAGGAAAAAAAGCCCCUUGCCAAAAUCACAUAAGGAAAAAAGAACCCCGGUAAAGCAAAAAAAUAUUUAUUUAAUAUUUACCUACUACAAAAACUACAACCAGAUAUUCUUACAAUAAUCUAUAUGGAUAAAUUGACUACAAACAAUAUACUAAAAUUAUUAUUUAAACACCCUGAGUCCAAAUACACAUUAUAAAAUAUAAUAUAUAUUUUUGGUUCCUACCUACAACUACAAAAUUUUAAAUAGCCGAUCUUUUUAUAACCCAUAACACUGCCACAUAUAGACAUAUACUUUUAUAAUUUAUAAGUAUGAUUAAAGUUAGAAUAUUGCCUUUCCCCCAUGAAAGAUGAGCUGAAUACGCCCAUGUUUUGUAUUAAUCUAUACACACCUGUAUUCUCACACAUGAUUUUAUAAAUGGAUCCAUUUGAUCUGUCUAAUAUAUAUAUAAAUAAAUAAAUAAAUUUACCAAUUUAACUAUAGUUAAUUUUGUAUAGCUUAUCGAUGUCCUGCCGGAAAAGUGUAUUCACAGUGUUUGCCAGCUGUACAAGCGACAUGCUCUCUCAUGGCUGAUGUGAAAACCACAAAUGACAACUCAUACUGCGAAGAAGGGUGCGUUUGUCCAGCCGGCACAAUAUUGAAUGACGGUUCGUGCGUGGUCAAAGAAAAAUGUCCGUGUAAGUUGAGGAAUAAAAUAUAUUUGUCAGGAGACGAAAUCACCAAAGACUGCAACAGAUGGUAAGUUAUACAGAAUAGAACAUUUGAUUUUCUUUAGUUUUUACCUAACUGUUUCAAUUUUCAAGUACUUGCCUUAAAGGAGAGUGGAGUUGUUCUAACGCUAAAUGCCGUGCGGAAUGUUAUGCAAUCGGAGAUCCACAUUAUAAGACAUUUGACGGCAUGAAAUUCAAUUUCAUGGGGGCCUGUUCGUAUUAUCUCGUAGUUUUACCCGAGUUUUCCAUUGAAGCAGAAAAUAUCCCGUGCGAUGGCACACUGUCACUGGAACACGGUUUUGAGGCGCCGAGCUUUUUGGGAAAAGCUACUUGUACUAAAACCGUUACGAUACGCUUCGGCAAUAAUAAUACAACUAUUAAAUUGGGACAAGGGAAAAUAGUAUUUAUCAACGGAGAAAUCGUCGAGAAACUACCGAUUAACGUACAAGAUUUAGCUUACAUCAGGGAACAAUCUACAUUUUUCCUACAGAUAGUAAUAACGAACGGCAUUGAAGUGUGGUGGGACGGAGAAACUCGUGUAUACAUUUACGCAAGUCCAGAACUGGAAGGAAAACCAAAGGUACUCGUAUUUUACUAUAUGGAUUGUAUCUAUACUCUAUUUAAAAUAUAAUUUCGUAUAGUUUUGUGUUGACUAAUCUUUAAGUGUAUUUUAAUUGUUUAGGGCUUAUGUGGAACUUUUACUGGAAAUCAGAAAAACGAUAUGUUUACUCCCGAAGGGGAUGUCGAGACAAACGUUGUUUCUUUUGCAAACAAGUGGAAGACGAAGGAGACCUGUGUAAAUAAUAAAUUGGAAACCGUAAUCAAAACCGCGCAUCCUUGUGACGAAAACAUACAGUAUAAAUAUUUGGCUGAAAGCUACUGUAGCAAUAUUACCGGAAAGUUAUUCUCGGGCUGUCACAGUCAAGUAGAUCCGAACCCGUACUACGAAGAUUGUCUUUAUGACAUUUGUUCAUGUCAUCCAGGUCAAUUUUCGCGUUGUUACUGUCAAAUAUUAGCUUCUUACGCUCUCGAGUGUUCUCAUCAAAACACGAUUAUAGAUUGGAGAAGAGGAGUAAAAGAAUGUGGUAUGUAUUUCACAUUCGUUAAGUCAUUAUUUAUCAGUUAUCAUUAUUUCGCCUAAGUAUAAUCUAUUCGUAUGUAAUUUAGGUGUACAAUGUCCGGCCGGUCAACAUUACGACACAUGUGGAAAUUCUUGCCAACGAACGUGUCGAGAUAUUUCAUCUAUAAAUAAUUGUAAAUCCACCUGCAUCGAAGGCUGUUAUUGCCCUAAAGGGUUAACGUUAUCAGAGUUCGGUGAAUGUAUUCCCGUUUCCGAGUGCUCGUGCUAUAAUAACGGUCAAAAAUAUAAACCCGGUCAAAAAAGAAUCGCGACUAGUAAUAAGGGACCAGAGAUUUGCACGUGUUCAAGUGCGGCCUGGGAAUGCAAUCUAGCCGAGAAAAACGAAUUGGUACAGUGGAAAGACACGUCAGAAAGUUCAUGUAGCCGUCGAAAACACUUGACGUUUACAGAAUGCGAACCUUCGGAACCCAUUACAUGUCGUGUAAGAUGUCUUUAAUAUUUUUUUGCUGUGAAUUAUUUUCCUAUAAGAACAUAUAUCCCUAGUUAACUAAUUCUGAAAUAAUUUAAAUUAAUUUUACAUCAAUCUAUAAAUAGUAGACUUGCCUAUUACUAGAGUUCAUACUCUUUGACCGGUAAUAUAUAUUUUUGAUACAGUAUUGUCGUCAAUGACUUAAUCUACUAAUAAUUACUUGUUCACAACUUUUGACUAUAUAUCACACUUUUAAAUUUCAAAUACAAUUUUAAUAUGUUCAGAAAAUCACCGAUUAAAAUACUGUUAACUCUAUGUAAAUAUAUUUGUAAACAUUACGCUUUUGUUUAAAAGGCAUUUAUAUAAUAAUUCAUUAAUUCAAAAAAUAUAUUUAAUUAUUUAUACUUAUCCAUAUGUAUUUCAACAGAAUAUGCACGAUCCCCCGCAAUCAACCCCUGCUAUAUGUUAUUCCGGUUGCGUGUGUAAAAAGCCAUACGUUCUUGAUUCUUUCACCAAAGAAUGUGUUUUGCCUACGGAAUGCCCGUGUCAUCACGGCGGUAAGAGUUAUAAUAACAGCGAGACGUUUUAUCAAGGUUGCAAUACAUGGUAAUAUAGUUAAUCUAUUCUCAAAUAUUACAAAUAUUAAAAAUACAGGCAUUUUUAUCAUUGAUAUUAAUUUUAUGUUAAACAGUGAAUGUAAUUCUGGAAAAUGGGAGUGUACAGAUAACCCGUGUCCUGGAAUCUGUUCAGUAUGGGGAGAUUCACAUUUCCAAACGUUCGACUCUCGAUAUUUCGAUUUUCAAGGCGCUUGUGAAUACAUAUUGGCCAAAGGAACGCUUACUACUUAUGAGUCAUUUGUAACUUCUAUAGAGGUGUGUAUUAAAAAUGUUAUUAUAAGAUGAAUUGUAUGUAAAUGUAUAGUUUAUUUUUAUUUUGUGCCAAUUUUAGCUAGUGCCGUGCGGUACGACUGGAGCUUCGUGCAUAAAAUCCGUAACGAUGACUGUUGGAAGUGGCGACGAUGUCGAAACUAUACAAUUGAAAAACAAACAUUUUUCUCCCAAUACAAAAAGGUGAUAUUAUUAUAAUGAUUAAUAAUUAAUAAUAGGUUAUUUAAAUAGUAAUGAAUGAAUUUUGUUGGGUUUUGAAUACUUUUUAGAAUAUUUGUCAAAGAACUUGGUCAUUUCGUGGUGGUCGAAGUACCCGAUUUAGGAAUACAAUUGUAUUGGGACAAGGGUACUCGAAUAAAUUUACAAAUCGAUCAAAAAUGGAAAAAUCACGUAAGAGAAAUAUUUGCCUACAUUAAAUUAGAAACUGAAUAUUUUAAAAAUAUCAUUGAAAACUACGAUAAAAACACGGUUUUUCAUUUAGGUCAAAGGAUUAUGUGGAAACUAUAAUGACAAUCAAAUGGACGACUUCCAAUCCCCUUACGGUGGUAUACCCGAAGUGUCUGCAUUAUUAUUUGGCGAUUCUUGGAAGCUACAACCUCACUGUUCUCAAACAUUAGAAAUACGAGUGAGUUCUAUAUAUUAAAAUAUUUUUACUUCUAAUUACAUUAUAUUUGUUUUGGUAAAAUUUAGGAUGCUUGCGUGUUGCAUCCUCACCGGAGGCAAUGGGCAGUGAGCCAAUGUAGUAUGCUUAAAUCUUCAAUGUUUAAGUCUUGUCACUCCCAAGUUUCUGUAGAUAACUACAUCGAAAGGUGUAUUUUUGACACUUGUGCUUGUGACCAAGGAGGCGAUUGUGAAUGUUUAUGUACCGCAAUAGCCGCGUACGCUCAAGAAUGCAGUCUCCACGGCGUUUACAUUAAAUGGAGAUCCCAAGACAUGUGUCGUUAGUAUAAUAAUCAGUAUUCAUUAUUAUAGUUAACAAUUAUUAUAAGAUUUGUCAUAGUGUUCAAAUUAAUGGAAAUAUUGUAUUAUUCCUGUAUUACUUUGAAUAGCUAUUCAAUGUGAAAAUGGCACUUCGUACAAUUCAUGUAUACCGCGAUGUUCUCAAAAAUCAUGUGACGAUUACGCUACGCUAUCCGUAGGGUCAUGUGAUGACAAAUUUUGUAUUGAAGGUAAAUGACUUUUAAUUCAUAGUAAUAAUUGAAGUUUUUAGUGCAUUAACGAACUAAGCUAAACAUUUUCCAUAAUCUAGUUUAGGUUAUUAAUAGUAACUGUACAUCAUAAAAAUAAUACAAAUUUAAAUCAUAAAUGAACUAAGACACCAUAACUUAUUAUUCACUUAAACCAUUAGUGUGUUAUAAAGUUAUAAAUACUUUUAAGAGCAAGAAUGGUGGAAUGGUGGAUAAUCGAACAUAAUUAGUCCGUUAUUGAACUGAAUGCAUCAAUAUUACAUUAUAAACAUUAUUGAGUUUCGUAUAGAUGUUUUAAAUGAUUAGCAAUACAUUCGUAUUAUUCGCAGGCUGCGCUAAGGGGAAUAAUUGUCCUUACGGCCAAGUUUAUGAAAAUUCCACGUCCAAUGUUUGUGUUCCCAAAAAUAAAUGUAAAAUUCCAUGUAAAAUCGAAGGCAUCGAUCGUUUAUUUAGCGACGGGGACGUUGUUAUCGAGGAUAGUUGUCAUUCAUGGUGAGUUUAUAUUAUUUACUGUUAUUUGUAUUAUAAUAUUAUUCAAUUAUCAUCAAUUAUUAUUAUUAAACUGUGUUAUCUUACUAUCAUAUUUGUUUAGCUUUUGUUCGAGAAAUAAAAAAGUAUGCAAAGGCCAACCUUGUGACACCACGUCUACAUCGACUACUACAACUACAACUACAACCACGACAAGUAAGCCAAUAUUAGACCAAAGUAAAAACAAAACAUGUUCGAAUGGAUGGAGUGCCUGGAUACACGUGAAUAGAUUGCACAGUAAACGUCACAAUAAGUUUGAAUAUUUACCAACGUUUGAAGAUCUGAAAUCUAUAGAAUACAAUAGUAUGGAAGGAUUGAAUAACACGGUGAGACAAUAAUAAUAAUAAUAAUAUCAUACUUUUAUGCAAACUGAAGAAAUUUAAAUCGUAAUUAUUUAGGUAUUUGGAAUGUGCGAUAGCGAACAAAUAAACAAUAUAGAAUGUAGACCAAUAAACAUGAAAAAAGUUCAAAAAGGUAUCGUAGAAAAAGUCGAGUGUAGUGUGGACAAAGGACUCGUUUGUAAUGGCAAAUGUAGUGACUACGAGAUUCGUGUACAUUGUAAAUGUUUAAAAGACAUAGGUAAGUGUGUGCGUGUUCAAAAUUUAACCGGAUAAAAAAAAAAUGAAGAUUUUUAAUUUUUUUCUUUAGAAGAUGAAGAAGAAGUUACAAAAAAACCUCCAGACGAAAAUCCAAGGGGAAUUGAAAAUCGUACAGGUAAAACUAAUUAAUUUGGUUUUAACAAGUUGAUUUAUUUAUUAUGUUAUACAUAUGUAAGUCAAUUUUAAAUAUUAUUAAAAUAUAAUAGUAUGUGCGGAUGGAUUUAAAUGGCAAGAUUGCAAAAUUAUGUGCAACCAACUGUGUCAUUCAUUCGAAAAUAAACUAAAAAUUUUGAAUACUUGCGUGUACCCUCAAAAAUGUAUCGGAGGUUGCUUAAAAGAACAAUCUACACCCUGUCCCGUUGGAUCAAUGUGGAGGGACAACAAUACGUGUGUGACCAAAAGCGACUGCACUUGUUUCUCUAGAGGCGGAACUCAAGUGAAGGUUGGAUAUAGUAUUAUUAUAUACGUAGUUUUAAACAAAAACGGAAAAGUGACCAAUAGAUUUCUCAAAAUUAUAUAAAUUUAUUUUUUAAUGCGUAUUUUACAGCCAGGAGGUAUUUUCAAAGAAGACCGGUGCACUAUAUGCCAGUGUUUAAACAACGCAUACAUUUGCGACAAUUCUUCUUGUACAUCGACUACCGAAAUAUUAACUGAACCACCGACUACCACCGAACAGAUUUAUAAAACUACCAUAGUCGAAGAAAAACCUUACACAUAUUUUGAACAUGUGAUCAAUAUUACGACGACAAAUGUGCCAAACUAUAAUAACACAGAAGAGCCGUUAUUCCCGACCGAAACAACACAAUUUACUACUGUAGAUAUUAUUACGAGCACUGUAAAAUGGCCGGAAAUUACACAGAGUCCGUUGGUUAUUACUACUACUUUCCCACCAGAACUAUUUACUAAUAAUAAUAUUAAAACGACAACGUCUGAAGAAAUAAUUUUCGUACCCUCUACGAUAUCUCCGCCAACACCCUUUUGUGAUACAAACCAGUAAGUAUUGUAUAUUGUAAUAAAUCUUAAUUUAAUAAUACAAAUUGGUUUUUUUGCAAUAUUAUUAUAAUUUCACUUUUAGAAUCAAGCCAAUAAGUGUGAACCUAAAACCAUCGUCGUUCGACGCUAGUUCUUGGUACAACGAUACCACUGCACCACAUUUCGCUCAGUUGUAUUCAAAAGAAAAUAAUUACUGGAAACCAUCUGAAUCGAGUGAAAACGAAUAUUUACAAAUUAAUUUAGGAUACCCGGAAACGGUUUAUGGUGUCCAGGUAUCCGGUAACCCUGCAAAAGAAGAAUAUGUAACGAGUUACAAAGUAGCGUACAGUACGGACGGUAUCAGUUUCAGUUAUGUCCCAUUUCACGGGCAGCCCGAAGUAAUUUCGCAUUUAUAUUUAUAUUUAUUAAAUUCGAAUGACAAUUAUCUUAAUAACUAUCUGUAAAUAUUUGUAUGAUAGAUUUUCCGUGGACCUCACUCUCACGAUUUAAUGGAUACACAAAUAUUUUAUACACCCGUUGAAGCCACUUAUAUAAGGUUUAUACCUAUGAGCUGGCGCAAUCAAAUCGCAUUACGGGUGGCUAUAUUGGGAUGCCCGAUCACGUCUACGACAAUUGACCUUUCAACGACAAUACAACCAACAGUUAAACGUAAUGUUAUAAUAAAAUUUAACUACUAAGGGCAAUUUACGCCAUUAAUAUUUUAAGAGCUUGCGUAUGCGAAGUGUAAAAGAAAUGUCUAAACAAAUUUUUAAAUUCACUUUUAUUUAAAUUUUAAAACGGUCCCGGGUAAUAAAAAAAGUCAUUGCAAGUAUUUAUUAUACAAUAAAUACGUGUAUAAUCACGAACAAAGUCCCUUUUAAGUUAUUUCAGAACUUUUACGCGUCAUGUAAAUGAAAAACUAUAAUUUUAUCUUUGGUGUAGCACAUUUAUUUUCAAUAUACUUAUAAAAGAAAGUAAAAGAAACUUGAAUAAUUUACCUACCUGUCCCCUACCUACCUUUAUCCAUCUAAAAGAAGGGUUUGCAGACUACCUUGAGUCACUGGAGGUCAAAUGAUUUUGUCGUAAGGGGGGGGGGGUAAGGUGAUCUUAUUGUGAUUAUUUUUUAAAAAUUAUUCAGUAGCAGUAUCGCCUUUUUAUAAAUUGCCCUAAAUAAAUUUUGUUUUUCGUUUUAACCAUAGAUUGGUUUUACAUAGCUAGGGUUUUCAUGUUAAAACCGUUCACAAUGACAACCUCUAUAAAAAAAUAAAUUUAAUUCCUUAGUAAAAUAAAUAAAUAAUAAUUUUUUUGUAAAGCCGUUUGUUCCGAACCGAUGGGUAUUGAAUCCGGGUUGUUAAACAGUAAUAUGAUAUCGGUAUCAUCAUCAUCGAUAUUGGAAAAUACGAAUUCCUUUAAUGUGUCGCUUAACAGUGAAACCGGAUGGGUACCAUUCACGGCAUCGGCUAAUCAAUGGAUACAAGUAAAUGCCAUUUCUAUGCUGUAGCCAAUUUAUUAAAUAUAUAAUUCAUUUACAAAUAUUAUUCUAACAAUAUACAGGUCGAUUUCACGGAGCCAAGAGUUAUAACCGGUGUUGUGACCAAAGGUAUUUCUUCGAAAAAAAAUGGCGAAGCAUGGAUCGAAGCGUACAAAGUAGUGUAUAGUAACGAUUUAAUAAACUGGAACAAAAUAUUGGAUUCGAAUUCGGAAGAAAAGGUUUGAAGAGAAUAUACAACUUUUAUUUAUAAUUAAGAUCAUACUAAAAUAUUAAAUUUGUUUUUGUUGCUGUAUGCAGAUUUAUUCGGGUAAUUUUGACGGACAAAGUUCUCAUACAGUGUAUUUCGGCAAUCCGAUUAGAACGAGAUACAUCAGAAUUCAUCCAGAGAAAUGGUAUAACAUGCCAGCCCUGAGAUUGGAAAUUCUCGGAUGUUUCGAAGCAUACGUUACCGAAAAAAUGAUUGUUCAGACUACAGAACCACCUAUUAUUCAAAACAAGAAUUGUAACGUUUGCCACGGUGUUACGAACAAUGAAUGCAACUGCACGUCGGAUACUUGGUGGAAUGGAGAGACUUGCGGACUGCGUUCUGAAUGUCCAUGUGUCUUAGGAAUCAUGACAUAUCCGGUCGGUACGGUUUACGAUCUAGAAAACUGUCAACAAUGCACUUGCACUCUCGGAGGAUUACCGGAAUGUGUUCCGAAAUUGUGCGCACCUUGUCCACCGGUAAGUCACGAAAUUUAGUGAUCGAAUUGAAAUUUUAAUAUAUAUACAGUGUUUGACGGAUAUUUCUAGCGCUGUUAAAAUUAAAUUUUUUCAAAUUUUUUUUAACCGAUUUGUUUUCGAGAGGGACAUCGAUUUAGAGAAAAAUUCAAUUUUUAUUUUAAUACCUUAAAGACAAAAAAAAAAUAACUCUAUUCAUUUUAGAACAUUUUCAAAAUAACUAUUUUAUAUAAAAUAUUAUUCUUUUUACUAUAUAAUUUUAAUAUAUCACACAUCAAUAUUUGAUGAAUAAUUUCUUAAUUGUAGCCGUUUUAAUUAGGCGUGAAAACAAUCAAUAUUUAAUUAAAUAACACAUUUCGGGAUAAGAAAUUACAAUCACCACGUUAAUUCUUAAUCGAAUAUUAAUUGUUUUCACGCCUAUUUUAUAAAAAUUAAAAGGGCUAUAAUUAAGAAACUAUAUAUCGAAUAUGAAUGUAGAAUACAAUAAUAUUUUUAGAAUAAUAUCUUUUAUAAAAUGGCUAUUUUGAAAAUUGUCUUAAGUGAAAAAAAAAAGUAUUAUUUUUAUAUUUUUAGGGGAUGAAAAUAAAAAUUAAAUUUUUCUCUAAAUUGAUGUACCGCUCAAAUACAAACAGAUUGACAAAAAAAAAUCUAAAUAUGUUUUAUAUUAACAGCAAUAUAAAAAACCGUCGAACACUGUGGGACACAAUGUAUACCCUAUUUGUUAAUAAAUAAAUAACCUAUAAUUUAGGGAGAGGUGUCUAUUACUUCAGUAUCGAGUUGCGACUGUGAAUGCGAACCGUGUACAAAUGGCACAAAAUUGUGUCCAACGUCCAAUGUAUGUCUCAAUGAAACUUUAUGGUGCAACGGAAUUCAAGAUUGUGCCGAUGAUGAAGUCAACUGCCCGCCGAUCACAACCACUUCGACAACCACAACUACAACAACUAAAACUACUCCGACUACUACUCCUAAAAUAACCACGACUGAACCAACUACAACAGUUACAGAAGAAGUUACAACUCAAGUUCCAACCGUACCACCAAGAACAAAGAGGCCAAGUCAGUGUCCUGAAAUUAAAUGUCCUGAAGGACAAAUAGUUAAAAUUUUAAAUUCAUUACCUGCGAAAACAUCAGUAAAAACAAGUGCAAUCAAAUACGCUCGAAAAUCUAGAAGCUUAGAAGUCUUUGAGGAUGACCCUUGGCCGUCACCUUUUAAUCCGAUGACAAAUUUAGCAGCGUCGUCGAAAAGAAAUCAUCACCACGAUCCUUUCUUUAGCACUAAAGGAAAUGUUGUUCGACGUAAAGGAGGCAUGCAUUUCGGUAUCAAAAGUGGAGGUGUUAAAAACGAUAUACAACAGCCGAUAUGUAAGGAAUGGAUUUGCGAAAUAGUUGAAAAUAAUGAAUGCAAAACACCAUCUAUUACAUGCGAAGAAGGUUAUUUCUUACAAAUGACACCAAAUCAAAACGAAAUUUGUCCCGUUUAUACUUGCGUAUCAAAUACGUUGGAAGAGAGCCAAUGUGAAAUCGAUGGCCGAGUAUUCAAAACCUUCGAUGGGGUUACGUAUAAAUACGAAGUUUGCGAUCAUAUCAUAGUUCGUGAUAGAGUUCAUAAUAAAUGGAUGAUAAAACGUAAGUAUAAAAAUUGUAUUUAAAAAUAUAAUAUUUAAUUUAUUUUACCUAUAACUGUUUAUCAAAUAAACAUCUCUAGCUGUGAUCAACUUUAAUUGAAAUGCAUUUAAUUACUUUUUAGAAAUCCGUCGGUGCCCAUACAUCGGCACUUGUCAAGUAUCUUUGUGGAUAGAUCAUUUGAAUCAUAUUAUUGAAUUUUUCCCGAAUAUGACAACUACUUAUGAUGGAUAUAGUUAUACCGUUGGCCAGGUAAAAAUAAACAAAAAUGUUAUGUAUUUGAAACUUUAAAAUGUAUUAAUAAUAAUUAAUAGAUAAUUAUACUACCAUUUUAGCUUCAAAUUGUUGGGAGUCAGACUAACCAGUUUGGAGUGAAACAAGUUCAAACUGAUUACAUUAUAUUCGCAAGUACUUUAGGUUUCAAUAUUAUUUGGCAAACUAAUGGACAUGUCAAAAUAAAGGUAUUUUAUAAUAAUUAUAUCAUAAUAUAUUAUGAUAAAAUAAUAAAGUACACAAAUUAUAUAAUUUAUUUGAAACUAAAAAAAUUAAAUUAAAUCGUUUACAUUACAUAUGUUAGUGAAUUUUUAAAAUCCUUAUUUAUAAAUAAAUUUAAAGUUAAUGUAAACCUAAAUUCUAAAUUCCAUUAUUUAUAUUGUAUCCGAUUUUUUUUAUUAGAUUAAUGCGUUUUACACUGGACGUGUUGAUGGACUUUGUGGAUUUUUUGACAAUAAUCCUAAAAACGAUAAACUUAAACAAGACGGACUUAUCGCUAAAACUACACCAGAAUUUGGAAAUUCUUGGGCUGCUUCAAAUACACAAUGUGAAGCAAAAAUAUGCCCGAUGCACAUACAAAAAGAAGCCCUCGAAGCUUGCAAUGUUUUUAGGUUUAUAUUUUAUAGUUCUUAUACACAAACUAAUAGUUAUAUUAUUAGUUAUUUAGUUAAUAAGCUGUUUAUUAAGAUUUAUAACACUUCGUAUGAGCACUUUUUAUGAGAGCUUUGUAGUAAUUUAAAAUAAUGUAGAUAUUCAUGGUACCUAAUGAAGUUAUUUAACUUAUUUCUAAUAUUAUUUUUCUAAAUUAUUAUUUUCUAAAAUCAUUUUUCAGAUCGGAACCGUUAAAUCAGUGUGGACUACAUGCAAAUAUUGAAGAGUUUGUUAUGAAAUGCGUGGAAAACAUUUGCUCGUGUUCUGAAAAUUCAGUAAACGAUUUUUCCGAAUGUAGAUGUAAAGCGAUUUCAGGAUUGGUAACUCAAUGCUAUGUUUCAAACUCAACCGUUGAACUCUCUGAUUGGCGUAUCUUACACGAUUGCCGUAUGUACCUAUAUUUUUCCUUUAAAUAUCGUAAUUCGAGCUAAAUUGCACUUAUUUUUUUAGCUGUGAGUUGUCCAGCACCGCUAGUGUACAAGGAAUGUUUCAAUAAAGCAUGUGAACCCAGUUGUGAUUCAUUACUUCAAAACGAUCCGUGCCCAAAAUUACCAGGUUUAUGUUUCCCGGGAUGCUAUUGUCCAGACGGCUAUAUCAAAGAUUUGGAUUCUUGCAUUAAACCGUCCAAAUGCAGAAACUGUAAUUAUUAAAGUUAUACAAUUAUUACAUUAGACAGUACAAAAUUCUACGAAAUUGGUAAUUUUGCAAAUUUUUUGUAAGGUGUAUGUGAAGGAUCUGGUACUAAUCAUUACUCAACAUUUGAUAAGGUCGAUUUUACCCACAAAGAAAAUUGUUCUAGAAUUUUAGUAAAAACAACAAAAGAAAAUGACGCAUUAAGACCAGGAUUUAGUGUAUGUUAUUCAUGUUUUUUAUUUUUUUUUUACAUAUUCCUAAUUGUAAUUAGAAAAUAUAAUAUUUAUUUUUAGAUUAUUGAGACUACUGGAAAAUGUUCCAACCAAUUGUUUAACAAUGGCGUUUGUGUUCAAAAUCUAACAAUUAUCCACUCUGCUCACAAGUUGCAUCUUUUUUAUCUUUUAGAUGCAUUUAAAGUAAGUACCUUCUUAUAAAAUAAAUUAUUUUAAAUUCAGAAUCGUAUCAAUAAUCGCCCCUAAUUUUGGAUUCUGAGUGGAGCGAAAAAGCUUAUGGUUUUACUAAGAUGUUUAUUAUGUUUUUUUUUCUGUGAGCAACUUUCCUACUAGCAAAUUUGCUUCAACUAUAUAAUGAUAGCAAUAUUUCUAAUUGGUAAUUUCACUGAGAAGGUACUUUAAAGAGGUCACUUUUCGAUUUUCUCAAGAGUUUUGUCAUCAAAUUUGAAAAACCAAAAAAAACCGGGAAAAUAUAAAAAAUAUGGUAUUAGUUAAAUAUAUUAUGGCCUUCUUUUUUUCUGUGAACAGCUUUUUUAAUAGAAAUUUUGAUCUAACUAUUAAUGAUAGUAAUGUUUCUAAAUGGAAAUUUCACUAGGGAGGUAUUUUAGAGUGGUCAUCUUUCGAUUUCUUCAGGAGUUUUUUCAGCAAAUGUGAAAAACCGGGAUAAAACAUGGGAAAAUCGAGAAAAUGUAGGACAAUUGGGAAAGUCGGUACACCAUUAAAACAAUAUUAUUAAAGAAAUUAUACAAAAUAUUUAAUUAUUUACUAUAAAAUGACAAAUAAAUUGUUGAUAAAGCAUUACUAUCAACUGAUCUCCGCUCAGAGUCGUUUUUUCGUAAGCAAUGGUUUAUCGUUGCUUACAGGUAUACAUUAAAUUAUUUACAUAUAACAGUGGCUGUACCCAUCCCCAUUAUUCUAGGACGGCUUUUUAUUUUUUCUUUGUAUAGAUUGGAGCAACUGUUGACGGAAAUGAAGCCACAAACAUACCAUUUAUGAAUAAAUGGUUAUCGAUUACAGAAUCUCCCGGAAAAUCUGUAACCGUUACCAUUCCAGUUCUUGAAUUGGAAGUAGUAUUUAUGACUCUAAAUCAAGGUUUUUCAAUAAAGUUACCAUCGCAUUUAUAUUACGAUAAAACUGAAGGCUUGUGUGGUAGUUGCAAUGGAGAUUCUACAGACGAUAUGGCUGCUCCUGACGGAUACAUUUCCACAAAUUCUGAUGAGUUUGUAAAAAGCUGGAAAGCAAAUGGAACAGGUACAUUGAUAAUUUAUAUUAUAAUAUUAUUGUUCUUCAUAUUAAGAUAUUUAUUAUACAAAUAAAUACAUUGCAUUACCUUAAAUUACAUUUUUUUGAUUUAGAAUUUGAACAAUGUGAAACCGUUGUUAGUAAUAUCGUUGAAAAAGAAGAAACUUGUCCUAUUCCAAAACCGGACGUCGACCCUUGUCUUAAGUUAAUGGAUUCUAAAAUAUUUGGACAGUGCCACGCGAUUGUUGAUGUGAAUUUGUACUUAAAAAAAUGUCAUUCGAUUUUGUGCCAAGGGCACGAAGGAUCUUUUUGUCAUUCAUUAGAAGCCUACGUCCGUGAAUGUCAGUCUUUCGGCGUGUGUUUGGAUUGGAGAUCUCCCAAUCUAUGCCCUUACUCGUGUCCAAAAGGUAAAACGAUAUCGAAACUGUUUUUAUAUUCUAAAUUACCGAGUUUAUUCACACAGGUUUACUGUAUAAGGCUUGCUCCUCCGGUUGCGAAGAAACUUGCGAUACUUACAAAUCAUUACGCUCCGGGGAAACUCCGUGUAAAAAUCUGCCAACAGAGAUGUGUACGUGUCCAAUGGGUCAAGUAUUUAACAAUAGCAUAUGUGUAAAUGAAAACCGAUGUGAGCCUUGCGAUAAUGAAAAUCAUUUUGUGGGAGAUACGUGGUAUUCUGAUAAAUGCACUAUUUGCACGUGUACCGCUAACUCAAAAUCGGUACGAUGCGAAAAGAAACAAUGUCCUCAAUCGUCAUUUGCGAUCUGUCAAACCGGAUUUAAAUCAGUUAAAGACGAAGAAAAUUCAGAUGAGUGCUGUGAACAGUAUAAAUGUAGUAAGUAUAAUAUUACAUCUGAUUUGAUUUAUGUAUGUUAGAUAUAUAUUUGCAACUAGGCGUCGGCUACUAUGCCACUUAGUUGCCUGAUUAAGCUUCUUCAUCUCUUGGCAGCUCGGCACAGGAGUGUGGGCUAGGCCGAACACCAACAUGAUUCCUUAGAUCCGGUGUAGGCUAUUCGAAAAAAAAAAAAAGUUAAAACUAAAAAUGUUGUGUAUAUAGUUCCAGAGGAAAAUAUCGAACAGAAUUGUACGGACAUUGCAAUGCCGGUGUGUGCAGAAGAUCAAGUGGUAAAAAUCGAAUUAACGCCAAACGGGUGUAAACGGUUUAUUUGUGGUACGUAAUAAUCAAAAAUAUUGUCGUACUGGAAUACACGUAUUUUUGUCUUUUUCUCAGAAUGUAAACCGAAAGAUCAGUGUGUUUCGGCACUCCCUGAUAAAGACGUGGAUCUAUUACCCGGCAUGAUCAACGUAUUGAAUAACCAAGGUUGCUGCCCUGCGUUCCACGCGAUUUGCGCCCCCGAAACUUGCCCCACACCAAAACCGUGUCCGAUGUUCUACGAGCAAAUCAAAACUGAAAAUCAUAGUUGUUGUCAUCAAUUUAAGUGCGGUAGGUUUGAUUUUUGUUGACAUUAAUUGAAGUGUAAAAUAAAAUCAGAUUUCUGAUUAAGUUAAUAAUAAUAUGUUUUAACGCGAUGAUAGAAUUGCCGAACAAUACAUGCGUUUACGAAUAUGAAUGGAUGGCGUCGACCGAAGGCGGUGAACGUAAGCGAACCGAAAACGAAAAGACUGUAGUUUUGAAACAGGUAAAUUUGUUAAAUAAUAAAAAAAUUUAAAAAAUCCGUUUACGAGAGUGCGAAUCUAAUGGUAACUAAUAAUUGUUCUUAAGUCAAACGAUAAUUGGGAAGACGGACCGUGCCGGUCGUGCUACUGUGAUGCGGCAUCGUCGACUCGGGGUACUUGCAAUAAAAUCGAAUGCGCUGCUCCGCUAACGAGUUCCGACUAUGUAAUUGUCCCGCACAUGAAAUACGGACAGUGUUGCCCGAGUUAUAAAAAAGAAUCGUGCAUUUUUAACGGUACAGUUUACAACGUCGGAAGCGAAUGGUCUUCGCCCUCGGACCCUUGUUUGACUAUGAGUUGUAAGAUCGACGGCAACGGCGAUGCGUUUACAACCGAAUCCGUAAAAAGUUGUAACACCGAUUGCCCACUGGUUAAUUUCAUAUAUAUAUAUAUUUACUUUGUCAUCAAACUUUUCCGCAUUAUAAUUUUUUUUACGGAUUUAGGGAUGGGUGUACACACCGUUGGCGAACAGUUGUUGCGGAACUUGCUUACAAAAGUAUUGCGUGAUGCAAAACAAAACAUACCUGGAUAACGAAACGUGGACUUACGACAAUUGUACAACGUACAUUUGUUCAAAGUCCGAAUUCAACGAGGUAUAAUAACGUGUACAAAUCGUAUGUAUGAUUUAAAUUUAAAAAAUGCCAGCAUAAGUAGUGUUUUACACUAUAUAUAAACCACUGUUGGGUGUAAAGGCGGGAAGUCGAGAAGGAUUGAUAGGGUGAUUUAUUUAAUGCGAGUACCUGAGUACCUGUAUACCGAAUGAAACGAUAAUUGAAUCUAAUAAAAAACGAUUCUGAUGAAGCUUGUUGUUAGCUGAUUGAUGGGAGAGAUGGAGUUUUAUUUUCUGGUUUCUCGUAUCAUAAGGAAUAGUACAACUGAUUCUUCAAAUUUUUUCAAAUGAAGCACAACUGUUGAAGUAAAUCUAUGUCAAUUGAGGAAGUACGUCAAACACUCAACGCUAUUUAGUAUUAAAUAAUUUUAUUUGUUUUUCGCUAAAAUCAAAAUCUAAAAAAAAAAAAAAAAUGAAAUAACAACCAUUUACUAUAUUUAUUUACUUUUUACACGAGUAUUAACCAUUUAUAGACUAGAAUCAUUAGAAUCAGACUAGACGAAUCAAAACGUUUUAUUUUAAGUUUAAUAUUUUACCGGUAUAUUAUACAUGUUUGAACAUUAGAGAUUGCCCGGAAAACUGGAUCUUUAAUUUAAAAUUAAAUUUAUAAAACUACCAGCAUAAGUAGUGUUUUACACCAUUUGUAAGCUACUGCUGAAGAUGUAAUGUUGGGAAGUUUGGAACAAUGUUUUCAUGACUUAUUUUAUUCGAGUAUCUGUAUACCGAAUACAACGUUAAAUUAAUGUAAUAAAAACGAUUCUGAGGCAGUUUGUUGUUAGCUGGUUAAUGUGAGAGACGGGGGUUUUUGGGAGUGUCGCAUUAUUUGGGUUAAGUGAAAAUAAUUCUGAAAAUGUUUCCAAUAAAAUCCCCCGGUGGAGAUAAUCUGUGGAUAUCUUAUAAGCUGUGUCAAGGGUUCGGCAUGUUUUUAUUAACCGAUAAAUAAUCGUUUUUUCAAUAUUAUGAAAUUCUUAUAUGUUUUCUUUUGAAACUUAAAAACUAAAAAAAAAAAAAAAAUCAAAUAACAACCGUUUAGACUAGGUAUAUUAUUAUACUUACGGAUCAAACCGUUUUAUUUUCAGUUUAAUAUAUUACCGGCGUAUCAUACGUGUCCGAACAUUGGAGACUGCCCAGAAAACCGAAUCUAUAACGACGGAUGUUGCGAACGUUGCAACACGACGGGCGUCAUAGAAGUAGAAAACCACAGUAUGUGCGCACCCGAGAGUUUACCGUCAAAUCAAACCGUCGGUCUGGUAACCGAAGACAGCCCGUUCCACGAUACGUGCACAAACACGGAGGCCAUAGUCGGAUUUGCGGAAUGCCGGGGGCUUUGCGAUUCAUACACGUACUUUAAUAAAAGUGAGUUUUAUUACCUACUGAUAUUCGAAUUGGUUGCGCGUGAAGUGUUUUGCCACAGCCACCGCCGUCUUUUCAGAAAUGUCAUAUAACAGGAAAGUAUUGUGAAAUAAUUUUUUUUUUUUUUUAGAAACAAUAAAACACGAUUCGAAAUGUCAAUGUUGUCAGCCAAUACGUUACGAUAAUUUAUCGGUGACGUUGGAGUGCAAGGACGGCUAUCGAUACGAAAAGUCUGUUUCGGUGCCGUCGGCUUGCUCGUGUACGGCGUGCGGAGGAGAAAGUUUUUCUAUAAAAAGAAAAUCCGUAGUUAUUAAAAAAUAAAGAAUGCAUUACUUAUAAUACUAGCGUUUUACGAAAAAGACAAUUUCAAUAAAAAUCACAUGACAAUAACAGUAUAUCCGUUUUUAUAUUUAUUUAUUUUUUUGUUCAAAUUAUAAUAUAAUGGUAUAUGAUAAAACCCAAAACUUUUUAUUUGUGUACAAUGUAUUGUACUGCUGUAGAAAGGUUAAAAGUUUAGUUAACCUAUCGUGAUAUGUAUUGUAUUAUAAUAGUAAUCGAUUAUUUUCUUUUACGUUUUUUUCAAACGUAU